UGUUGCCAGUCCUCGUUUGAUUUUCGAUCCAGAAUGAAAUACUUUCUGUCUAUAACAUUGGCACUCUCAUUGUGUCUGUGCUUUGCAGUAGCAAAUGAAUUUCUUUAUCCAUACAAACCCAAUCUCGAUGUUACCUGUGUUGUUUCCGAGUCAAAAACUUUUCAAAGGAUUGGACAUAAGUAUUACCUUAUAGUAAAAUCAAAGGUCAGUUGGUUCGAUUCCUUGCACUUGUGUCGUCGAUUUGGAGGCGACUUGGUCUCAAUCGAAUCAGCUGAGGAAAUGAAUGCACUAUCAUCGUAUCUCAAGAGUCAGGGAAAUGAUGGAAACGCUUGGUUUUGGACUGCAGGAAACGAUCUUGUCGUUAAUCAUCAUUUUAUAUCUGUGACAAAUGGAUUGCCAUUGCCAUUCACCUCUUGGUCAGCUGGACAACCAGAUUUUCCUGGCGUGGAGCACUGUAUGCAUUUGUGGCUCAGAGAUGGUGAAUUCCGAAUGAACAACUGGAUGUGCACUGAAAAAGCCUUUUACAUAUGCCAGAGACAGAAUGACACUCGCUGCUCUGACGAUUCUUAUAGGAAUGUCAUCGAUCUGCGUUCUUCAGCUCCUUAAAAAGGAAACGUGUUAUUCAAUUCUGAAUAACUUACAGCAAAUCUCGGAAAUACAGUGUGUGUUUUGACUUUAAAUUGAAUUUAUAUUUAAGCACAAUUUUGCGAAUUAUAUAAAUUCUGCGUAUAGCUAUCU